AGUUUCUUUUUUACUUUCAUUCUUUUGUAUAAAAACAUCAAAGAUGACUAAAGCCACAAUUCAUCUUGCUAUCUUUAUGAUGGUCCUCGUUUUUGGGAUGGCGACGGCUGAGUCGACGCAAGGACAAGAAAUAUGUCAUGAUAUUGUAAUGAAAGGUCAAACAUGUGUCCCUAGCACCUGUGCCACUAUUUGUAAGCAAAAAUGGAAAGGAAGUGGCAAGUGCUUCCCAAACGGAUUUACUCAGAGCUGCCUCUGCACGUUUCCUUGCAAUUCUUGAUUUAUUUAUUUAUUGUUUAAAUAUUUCUAAUCUAUAAACAUUAAUAAUAGUAAUAAAAAUUAUA